AUGCUCCCUGUCAAAGAGGAGAGCCCGGCUGGGACUGGUUUGUCAGGACUGCCCAUUUUUUCUGGACCACGCGCCUCUGCGCAGUCAACACCAGCAUCGACCUUAACGAACGGCUCGCGCUCUGUCCUGACGAAGCCCGAGAGCGACAUACUUGUCCCAGCAUCCGCAGCCGCUGCGACCACUGCUUCUGGCGCCAUCUUGUCCGACACCAUGCCGACGACACCACCCUACAACCCUCACUCUACACCUCCACCGCAGUAUGUUGAUAAUGCGGACUAUAUCUCGAGACACGUGGCCACCGCUGUGGCUGCCGACACGCCGACUGCUACACCUCCAGAUGACGGGUACAUGAACGAUGCCGGAUCCAAUGCCGAUAGCGAGUGCCCUGCGCUCGAGGACGAGUCUCCUUAUGACGCGCUAUACCGCGAUUCCGAGUUUGCCGACGACCAGGUAUCCGCGUUCGCUCAGCCAGACACACAGUCCACCAUCACCCCGCAGUCCGAGGCAAACCAGUCUUCCCACCCUGAUUCCAUAGUCGGCCGUGCUGGCAAGAUUUGGGAUCGUGCCGUCGCAAAAGCUGCGGCCAUUGAGGCUGAUACAGAGAUGACUGAUGCAAUUGCGCAUCUGCACGAAUCCGAGACCCACACCAGCAGCGACCGGCGUGUAAACGAUGUAUGGGAAGAGAACCGUGGUAGCGACCGCAGCGAAGAUGCGCAAAACGGCGACAUAGCAAACGCCGCGACGGCUUUAACAGAGUUGACACCCCCCCCCAGCGUCAACUUCUCAGCCAGCAUCUCAGUCGGAGCAGCAUACACCCUUACUAGCGACACCGUCGGAAAACAGCAUUGCAACCCGGCGGCCUAUGAGAAUGGCACGACUGUCCAAGGCAGGAGCCCCGGAAUCACCAAAGCCUGCCCGACUUGCAGUCAACGCUGA